AACAUUUCAUUCAAGUGGCGUCGCGGACUCAAGUAAACAACGUAAAAUUGGAAAUAAAUUUCAAUUCUUUACACUUUUACCUAUUUUAUUUUUUUAAUCGGAAUUGAAUCUGUGAGGAGGUCUGAUUGCACGCGUUUUCUUUGUGCAUCAUCUUGUAUAUAGAGAGCUUCGAUCAUUUUGGAGAUGAGUGGUGAAGAAAAUGCAAACAAAGAGUUUGUGGAGCAGCUGCGAAUGCAGGAGCUGUAUGGACAGAGGAAKGAGGACGGAUCGGACCCCUACACUUACACCGAUCCAGCAGAUGGAACUGUGUAUGACUGGGACCCUGAGAAGAAAGCCUGGUUCCCUAAAAUAACAGAAGACUUUAUGGCAGCCUACCAGGCCAACUAUGGCUUCAACCAAGGAGAAGAGUCGGAAGCAAACAGUACAGCAGAAAGCAGCUCUGACCCGGCACUGCCUGACCCAAACAACAAGGCUCCGGAGAAAGAGAAACCAGCAGAAGCCCCCACAAAGCCAGUCCCAGAACAGCAAGAGACCUCUGCUAAAGAAGCCAAGCAGAAAGGAGAGAAGAGGAAAUCAGAGCCAGGAUGGUUUGAUAUUGAUGAGCAAAAAAACACAAACGUCUACGUGUCAGGCCUGCCUCCUGACAUCACGCCCGAUGAGUUCGUCGAGUUGAUGUCCAAGUGCGGCAUUGUGAUGAGGGACCCUGUUACCGAUGAGUACAAGGUGAAACUCUACAAGGACAAAGAUGGAAACCUGAAGGGAGAUGGCCUCUGCUGUUAUCUCAAGAAAGAGUCAGUGGCGCUGGCUGCGCGUCUGAUUGACGAGUCAGAGGUUCGAGGUUAUAAACUCCACGUGGAGGCGGCGCGAUUCGAGCUGAAGGGCCAGUAUGACGCCAGCAAGAAGAAGAAGAAAAGCAAAGAUUACAGGAAGAAGAUGCAGCUGCAGCAGAAGCAGCUCGACUGGAGGCCCGAGAAGCAAGGCGACGUUCGGAAGAGGCAUGAAAAAGUUGUCAUCAUCAGGAACAUGUUUCAUCCCAGCGACUUCGAGGAAGACCCGCUGGUGCUGAACGAGUACCGUGAAGACCUGCGGAGCGAGUGUGAGAAGUUCGGUGAGGUGAAGAAAGUCAUCCUCUUUGAUAGACACCCAGAUGGCGUUGCGUCAGUCGCGUUUAAGGAGCCCGAGGAGGCYGACGCCUGCGUGCUUUCCUUUAAUGGCCGCUGGUUUGGAGGACGGCAGCUGACUGCGCAGCUCUGGGACGGAACAACAGACUACCAGGUGGAAGAGACGACGCGCGAACGAGAAGAGCGGCUCAAAGGUUGGUCGACUUUCUUGGAAGGAGACAAUAAAGAGCAGCCGAAGAACGCAGCGGACAAACCAACAGGGGGCAGCAGCGCGGCUAUAGAACCCAGCGAGUCCAGCAGCGCCACGGAACCUGAGCCGCAGCCACAAACAGAACCACAAACCUCAGAGGAACAGGAAGUGGACUCUACCGACAGCAGCCUCGCAGGAAGUGAUAAUGAGGAUGCCUAGACCCCGAGGACAGUCCUGCUUUAAGGUGGGGAGACGUGAAAACCCCCUGUUCAGAGCAUGAAGACACAUUUGAACAGUUUGAGCUGGUUUCCAAUGUAGAAAAAAAUAAAGUGUUUUUUGUGUGCCCUUUU